AUGUGUCAUCUUUUUCGUUUGGCGUUUCGACGCGUGCGUAAACUCGUCGACAAGUCAUCACCACCACCUCCGGCGAAAAUGGACGUGAGAGAAUCAAUCUCGAUGCAAAACCAGGUCUCGUUAAGCCUCGCCAAGCACGUGAUCACCACCGUCUCCAAGAACUCCAACGUCAUCUUCUCUCCGGCGUCGAUCAACGUCGUCCUCAGUGUAAUCGCCGCCGGAUCCACCGGCGCAUCCAAGGACCAGAUCCUCUCUUUCCUCAACUUCUCUUCCAUCGAUCAGCUCAACUCAUUCUCCUCCGACAUCGUCUCCGCCGUCCUCGCCGACGGCAGCGCCAACGGCGGCCCGAAACUCUCGGCCGCUAACGGCGUCUGGAUCGAUAAGUCUCUCUCCUUCAAACCUUCCUUUAAGAAGCUCUUGGAUGAUUCCUACAACGCCGCUUCUAAUCAAGCCGAUUUCCAAACCAAGGCUGUUGAAGUGAUUGCAGAGGUGAAUUCAUGGGCUGAGAGAGAGACGAAUGGACUCAUCACUGAGGUGUUACCAGAAGGAUCAGCAGAUAGUAUGACCAAACUGAUAUUCGCAAACGCAUUGUACUUCAAGGGAACAUGGAACGAGAAAUUCGACGAGUCGGUAACGAAAGACGGCGACUUUCACCUUCUUGACGGUGCUAAAGUGACUGCACCGUUCAUGACCAGCAAGAAGAAACAGUACGUGAGCGCUUACGAUGGUUUCAAGGUAUUGGGGCUUCCUUACUUGCAAGGAGAUGAUAAGAGACAGUUCUCAAUGUACUUGUAUCUUCCCGAUGCAAGCAACGGAUUGUCUGAUCUGAUGGAGAAGAUUGUUUCUACUAAUGGGUUCUUGGAGAGUCACAUUCCACGGAGGCAAGUGAAAGUCGGCGAAUUUAAGAUCCCCAAGUUUAAAUUCUCUUUUGGGUUUGAAGCUUCGGAUGUUUUGAAAGGAUUGGGGCUGACUUCGCCGUUCUCUGGUGAAGAUGGACUGACUGAGAUGGUUGAAUCGGAGAUGGGGAAGAACUUAAGCGUGUCGAGCAUUUUCCAUAAAGCUUGUAUCGAAGUGAAUGAAGAAGGCACAGAAGCUGCUGCUGCAUCAGCUGGAGUUAUAAAGCUAAGGGGUUUGGCUAUGGAGGAAGAGAUUAUUGAUUUUGUUGCGGACCAUCCGUUUCUGUUGGUGGUUACGGAGAACAUGACUGGAGUUGUUCUGUUCAUUGGUCAAGUCGUUGAUCCGUUGCACUAA